CUAACGUUGUGGUGCUGUGGUGUGUGUUAACAUGCGUCAAGACUAAACCAGCAAUGAAGGUACUCUUAAGUAGUGUGUUCGUGCCCUUGCUGUUGCUGUGUCUGGUGAUAAGACCUGCUGAAGCGCAGACAUUGAGAGCCAUCCUCACCUGCGACGUAGUCACAUUUAAGAGCCCUCUGAGGAAGGUUACGAUAAUCGUAUACUGCACACUGGCUAGGAUGGAACUGAUCGCUAUAGCCGCAGUGUCCUUCUUUAGGAUGAUGGCGCUGUGGUCACCACACAGACGUAUGUUAAGUCUGAAGGCAGCCGCAGCUGUGGUAGUUUUCAUGAAAUUCUACUCUGUCCUAGGAACACUUGUGAUGAUGAUACCACGAAUCCUGGGUUACCAGAGACAUCCUCUGGUGCGCAGUAUGCGUGUGUUGACCUUCUUCAUCAGCACAAUGAUGCCCGUAUUGGUCACCUUAGCAUGCUACGCUGUCAUGAUCUUCGCUAUGUAUCGCAACCAGCGUCGUCGGGCAAAUAAUCAAUUCGCCUCCAACGUGCACCAGACUGAGGCUACUCGCUCUAUGCUGGCUGUCUUCGUCAGUAACCUACUCCUAAGCUUCCCUCAUUCAGUCUUUCAUCUCCUGGAAAAGCCUUCGUUUACUUUAUACGUUAUAAUUCAUAUUAUAUUCUCAACUCAUUUCGUUGUAGAUCCAGUAGUAUUUGUGUGGUUUAGCCGGAGUUUUCGCCAUCGUGUGAACCAACGGGUGCGUGCAGGUGUAGCCUGGAUGAUGAUAUAUUUCUGCUGCCGAACUUCUCCCACCACCAUCUCCACCAUCCACUCAUCCUCAGUCACAGAGUCCAUUGAACAGAAGUCAUCAGUCACACUGUCCACCGAUCAGAAGCCUCCUGUCACAAUGUCAACAGAUCAGAAGUCUUCAGUCACAAUGUCCUCCGGUCAGAAGUCUUCAGUCACAAUGUCCUCCGGUCAGAAGUCAGAAGUCACAAUGUCCUCCGGUCAGAAGUCUUCAGUCACAGUGUUCACCAAUCAAAGUUAUAUCUGAGAAAACAUAAGAGAGACACGAAUACAGUUACAUGACUGUUUCAUUAAUGACAUUCAGGGUUGUCAGGGGACUUGAUGAAGCCCAUUUGUGGGCGAAACGUCGUCAAUAAUGGUUCCACAUAACUGCAUUUCUGUUUAUAUAAUGUAACCUCCACCGGAAGUCUGUCAAACUCAAUUCUACACACUAUGAAAGACGAGACCACCGUAGAUGGAUAACAUAAGUUUCAAGGUAAAGACUUAAAAUAUUAAUUUAAUAAGCAGCUACACUAUUCGGUCAUAUAUUCAAGUAAUAUAAUUAAAUUAAAUAAUUAUCAGUAUUAUUAUACAACUGCGUAAUAAUAAUAGGGAAUUAAUAAUCUCAUUGGCUAAGGAUGUAAAUAGAAAUUAUUGGAAUAAUGCAUGACUAAAUAAUUUAGUAUUCUUUAUAAUGUUUCCUCAGAAGCAUUAACUCAGAGGUAAGAAUAAUUUAGUGAGUUAAUGAGUAUUUUAGUAGAAAUUGCUAGUAAUAUAACUAUAUAUAUAAUUAUAGUAGAUGCCUAAAGAUCCAGCCAUUAAUACCAGUUCUACGAGGAGUUAUGUGUAGGUAAUAUUUUUAUUGUGAAUUAUUAUUAUUAUGUGAGCAAAUCACCAGCAGGAUAUUUACAGAGCAUUACCUGAAUUAUUACUUGCAAGUAAUUUGGAUGAGGUAAGUGGAACUUAAGUCACAGCAGGUCGCAGUGACUUAAAUCACCACUCUCACAAAAAGCUAGACCUUACAUUAAAUUAAUAAUUAUAAUAAUAAAACCAGCUACUCUAGUAAAUUAAAGUUGUGGACAGUAUAUGAUUAGGCUUCCUGGGUACACAAAAUAUAAUUGGUAUUAACACUUACCAUUUAAUUACUGGAAGACAAUGCUGAUGGAACACACCCUAACGAUACCUCUACAGCUAGGGUUUACGAUGGCCAUCGCAGAAACUACUGUAUUUUAUUGGUAAGCGUCACUUAGCUAAAGUGUGUUGUUGGGAAGGAUUCAUUGAAGUCGUCUAUCUUCCUGUCCUUGUUGCCGAAUUGUAAAGGCUUUCCACACUAUUUAUCCUAAUUCUUCAGCAGGAACGUGUCAGCAAUUUUUAAAUUAUGGACUGAGGCCGAUAUACACCAAAUGACCUUCGAGAACGCCCGAUUACGUUGCACAGUUCAGUCCAAUGUUUUCACAUUAAAUUCAAUAUGGCGUCUCUCCCCGGUGUCACUCCGCAGCUCUUCUAUACUCCCCUCACUUGAAAUUUCUCGAAGGGUCCAAAGAGCAUCACAUUUUAAUACACAUUUAUCAUAUUAUUCAUUUAUAUGUUCUACAUUUAGGAAAUUAUGUAAAAUAUUUCCAUAAUUUUAGUUAAUAUCAAGUGUUAAGUAUAUAGAGGUGAUGCCCUCCUAGCAAGAUGAUUCUAUCUUGGGAUCAUGUUGCUAGGAGGCAGGUAUCCCAGUUAUACCCAAACAUGUCCUAAUCUAACAUCAAAACAUAAACACUAGUUUAACGAAGAAUCCAAGACAAACUAGUUUUCUCAUCUUGUGAUGACGCACACCAAUAUCUCAAAGGGAGGAAAGAGUGACUACUGUCUUCUACCAUCCUCACACACACACAUACACACUA